CAGCUAUAAUGCACGAGAUCUGGAUAUACAGUUGAUAUUGUAUCACCACCAUACUUACACUUAGAGAGUUCAACUAAAUAUCAAAUCAGGCUGUGGAGUUCUUUUAUAACUGUUUCGUUGGUUGCAACCUUGGUCACUGGUUCACAACCCUACCAAUUUAUUACUACCUACACCUCCAUGGAGCACCCACAUCCACGAAUGUGUAGUAGUUCCUUUAAAAGCUCAUUUCAAUAACUCCAUCUAUUUUUGCAUAUCGUAAUUGAAACCUUCUAGCAACUCGGCGCCAACAUUCCUACUGCUCAUACACUGUGUUCUCGCAAGCCGCCCGAACCUGUUUUCCUUCUUUAACAAUUCACACGAGAGCCUUAUACAUACCGGCCUUGCCUAUACAAGUGGUGUUUGAAACAUGCGCGAGAAAACUAAGAGACUUGUGACUUACGGUAAACCAAGUUCACCUAAGUCUCACAAUUUCAAGAACAGGGUAAAUGAGACUUCAACGACUUCCAUCAUCUCUAGUGAGGCUGAAGGCUCAAACACUUGUCCCUGUUCAAGUACCUUGACUCGAUCAUCUGGGAAUGAUUUUAAGCAACUCUAUGGCGUUGACUCACUUGAUCAUAUUCCUGACACGCAAAUAUCAGGUUCCCAGAAUAGCCAUGAGAAAGCCUAUGAUGUCACCGGAACAAAGCGCAGAAAGCUCCUUGGGGAAAAGGCGCAGCAAAUCCAGGAGCAUAGUGUGAGUGCUGUUCCACGAUGUUUGGUGAAACCGGAGGUUCUGAUUGUGUCAGUGCCAACGAGGCCCUCUAUAUGGACAAAGCUCAAGACCAAAGUGAUGGUUACUUCUACAGAAAUGACCUAUAUGCUUCAAUCGCCUGGGGAUAGAAAGUUCUCUCUCAAGACCGACAGGCUUUCUACAUUAUAUCUCAGCGGCAUGGAUACAACCAGAUACCGAACGAAACAACCAAGUCUCCGAAAGAGAUUAGUUGAUUCAUUAAACUCAACAGAAGAGGUGUCACUAGACUGCCUGUCAGAUGGUGAAUGUCAGCCCGACAGCCAGACGUCCUCUAGCCAUAUCUGGAAAGGAAACGAUCGACAGCGUACCGCGCAUAUACAUCGGUCUAAGGUUCCUGGUACAGAGAAUAUCCAACAGUUGACUAAUUCCAGACCCUCGAUAUCUGGAAGGUCUAGGGUUACUUAUGCACACCAGCGUUCCUUCCUAAAUGAUGCUUCUGUCUUGGGCCAUACUGAAGAGCCUGGCCUAUUAGUUUCCUCGAGAUGUCAUAGCCUUAGGCAACCACGGCCAAUUUCAGGACUCCUAUCUCAAACCUACUCGCAUGUUGAAGACGAGGAAAGCCUCGACAACAGGCCGGUUCGAAGCAUUCACGAGCUAAGACAGGCUGGAGACAAUGCACGCUUUUGGGAAACAGUAGAUUUGAUUUUCGAAGAUAUCGAGGACCCUCACAGUUCCGCUUCGGACGUGUGCAAUGGUUUUGUUCAACUGUGUACCAAACUUAUGGAGCCUCGAGUUUUGGACCGUUUCUCUGAAGCCGGGUUUGACGAACGACUGGUGAAAUGCAUGACAGGUGGUGGCUUUGAUAUAGUUUCAAUCACCCUUGCUCUAUGCGCUUAUAGAUUGAUAUGUAUCAGCGGCUGUUUCUCGUCUACACUUCCAACAUCUAUUUGGUCCAAACUUUUGGAUAAAUCACCCACUUUACUUGACGUCCAAGAAGAUAUAUCAGUUACCGCGAAACAGCGAUCUAUCGGCCUAUCAAAAGCUGUCCAAGCAACCCUGAAGAGUCUUCUACCACGGUUAUCCCUUGCGAUAUAUGGAGAACAGCCGAUCUCAACUAUUUCACCGCGUUUGCUGAUUCUUAUGAAUCUUCAAUCUUCUCUAACUGUAUAUCAAGAGAAGGGCACCAAUGUUAAUAUUCCUGCACCCCUUUUAACGCUCAUUAUUAAGUUGUUAUCACCCAAGGCCGGUGAAAAUGCAGAGUUUCCUCUGCGCUUUGAAUGUUAUCAGACGCUCGUCCUGGCUUUGUCGAUUCUGGAAACUUACACAAUCCUAUCGGGCCCAUUGGAUCCCGACUGCUGCAUCUCCUUACGGUCACUUACUCAGUGUUAUAAAUUUCUCUAUCCCAACCAGUGUGACCAAAGCCGGCGGAUUCUGUUUCUAUAUAUUCGAGUACUAUUAAACCUUACCAACAGGGACUCAUCUUUUUGCGAGGAGUGCAGCAGAACUGAAAUUGUUGGCGGACUUGUCAAGGUCAUAAUUUCGGAAUUCUGCGCUGUGCCUGAAGAAACCAUCGGUAAAGAAAAUAGCUCACUGGAUGCAGUAAUAUUAGCUUUGGGUGCUCUUAUUAAUCUUGCAGAGAAAAGUGAAUCAUCGAGAGCUAUUUUUCUGGAGUCGACAAGUAAUUCUGAGUCUCCCCUGGGUUUGCUCUUACAACAAUUUUCUACUAGCAUCGGUUCUGUGCCCCAGGCACACUCCGUUCCCGAAGUGCAGUACAAUGUUGCUAUCGGUUACUUGUCAAUUCUUCUAGUUACACUUUGUUUGAAUCACAUGGCAUUGGCCCAGGUCAAAGUUUCUCUCGACGGCAAAGGACUUGCAGCGGCACUAUCCACGGCCGAGGAAUUCCUACGAUAUUAUCGAAAGGUUGAGAAAGACUCGCGAUUGAUCGAGACACGACACGGAGAUGGAGCCGAACUUACCCCAAGAUUAGAGCGAAUUAUUCACCAGAUACGAGAGGAGGAACGACAAUGAUCCAGGCAAAGUUUGCAGAAUGUCACGCUAUUAAAGUAUAGCUACAUUUUCUAUUAGCAGUUCAUCUACUCUCGUCCCCGUCUUGGAUUAUGUCUCUUUUAGGCCGUCUGGCAAUGCAAUUGAAAAU